CUUUUUUUAUACAAACCAAGUUAAUAUGCGUAGUGCGUGGUUAAGUUUAUUGUUACAGUUUUGGUUAUUUAUACAAAUUUAUUCGGGAAGGAGUUCAUUUCGCCCUAAGACUGUCAGGAUUUAUCAGUUUAAAGGAAUAUGUCCAGGCCAUGAAGAUAUACCAGUAUAUUACUCAGAUAUAGAAGUAGUGAACAUAAAUCGUACUUUUCGUGUAUCUUUGAAAGCUAACAUACGCUCAGAUAUCAACAAUGACAUGAAGCUAUGGUUGUUUUUAAGCAGAUGUAACAGUAGAGAUGCUUUAGACUCGUGUGAAACUUAUAAUACGAUAAAAAUAAAUCAUUUUUGUAAAAUAUUGAAUGGGGAAAAUAUGCCGUGGACAGACGCUGUCAGGAAAUUUUCACCCCCCUUGAGAUGUCCUCUGAAAAAAGGAGUAUACGAAUUCAAAAACAGCACUUUUGAUGGAUCAGCUUUUAACCGUUUUCCUGUGUUAAACUGGUAUUGGAAAGUUUUAGUUAACAUCAAAGAUGAAAUUACCGACGAACUCUUGCAAUGUGCAACAUUGGAAGGACAAAUUGCACCCAUUUAAUAGACAUUAAUUAUUUUAUUAUAUAUGUGUAAUAAAAAUAUUGAUAGUUCUAGUCUAAAAUAGUUUCAUUGUUUUACAUACAGUGUAACAAUGUACGAGGGUCAUUUUAUAAGGAAGCUACCUUUAGAAACACAUAUCAGUUUUGUUUCUCAGGUUCCGUCGUGCAAACUGAAUUUUUUUUACCCUUUUAUGAAAUAUAAAUUGCA